AUGAGCGAUCCUAGUGGAAGUUACGGUGGUUGGAAAGUCGGUGCUAUUGAUGCUAACAAUCAGGCAGCACAGUCAAUUCUAAAACAGGAUUACAAGGAUGAUAUCACAAAGGAAGAAGCAGUUCAACUUGCAUUGACGGAAUGGCCAGAAGGACCAUUGGAGGAAAUAGUGCAAAAUGGUAUUAAGUCAUGGGAGAUGGAACUCUCUCACAAGAUCCGGUUGCAGGACUUCAAGACCAUUGUACCUAAAAAAUUAAAGCUCUUUUUUAAUGGUUCGCUAUGCUACUUUGGACAUUUGGCUCCCAUAGCAGAAAAUAGUUAUUGGGAAGCAGAAAUAUCUCCAAAUUAUGACAGUUGCAGAGAAUAA